AUGGAUGGUGCAAAUGCAGUACUGCAACAAAUAGAGCAACCACUUUUGGAAAAUGAACCAAAACCCCCCAAAACACCAGCACAAAAGGCCAUAAGAAAGUCCUUCAAAAUAUCAGCACAUUUGGCCAAUCUUCUUCCCACAGGCUCAGUCCUCACAUUCCAAGUUUUGUCCCCGGCUUUCACACACCAAGGGCAGUGUCAAACCAUCAUAAGCCGCACCAUGACUCUUGGACUUUUAGCAUUGUGUUGCUUCUUAAGCUUUAUUCUAAGAUUCACUGAUAGCUUCAGAGACGCAAGAGGCAAAGUUCGGUAUGGUUUAGCCACAUCUCGGGGCUUGUGGGUGAUCGAUGGGUCAGUGAAAAUGGAACCUGAGGAGGCAGAAAAGUAUAGACUAAAGUUCAUUGAUUUCUUCCAUGCCUUCAUGUCCGUUCUGGUUUUUGUAGCAGUGGCAAUGUUUGAUAAAAACAUUGUCAAGUGCUUCUGCCCAACACCAUCUCCAGAGACCAAGGAACUUCUAGUGACAUUGCCUAUUGGGAUUGGCAUCGCAUGCAGUGUGUUGUUUGUUGCACUCCCCACAAAGCGCCAUGGAAUUGGAUUCCCUCUCUCUCGCAACUAA